AUGGAGUUCGCGUUUUACGGGGGCGGCUGCAUCAAGACAUGUCUACUUGUCUGCUCUGAAUGCGAGCUUCCUCUCCGACCUCCUAUUUUCAGGCAUAUCUCUGGUGACGUUCUCAUUUGUAGCCCCUGCUACCGUGGGGAUAUCGUCAACUAUGUUCGCUGCAGUGAGCUCGACUACCUCGUCCAAGGUAUCACGGUGAAAUGCGUGGCUUGCCAAGAAUACAUUCCAUUCUCCACCUUGGCCUCGCACCAGCUGCGGGAGUGCCCAUCCAAGCAUAAAUUGCAAAAGAUUGCGCCAGGCUCAAGUGCUCGGAAAAACUUGUGUGAUGAAGAGGAAACUGAGAGACUUUCAACGUGCAGCAGUUGUAUCCAGGGAAAAAACAAGCAAAAGGCUCCUUAUGUGGUUGGUAAAAUGGACAAGCACAUUGUUCGUGGUGAUGAGGUUGGGAAUGAUGAUGACUCAUUGGAUGACAACCAUGCUGAGAGUGGCUGAAAACGCGCAGAAAACAGCACCUACUGCAGCCCAGGCUAGCACGUCGACAUGUCGAUGCCUACCCAUCACGGCUCCCUUGAAGCCACCUCUACCUCAUCGCCCAGUCACCCGUCUCUUCCAAGCAGCCCACAACAGGAAUAGGGGUGGUAAAAUGGGCGCCCUUGUGACUGAUAGCUCAACCUACAAAGCAGGCCAGCAACGGACCAAACGUGAAGGUUCUAAUAUCCAACGGGGGAUAAAACGACGCUCUUGUGAACAAUCGUAAAUCCUAUGAGGCUGCUGCGCUUAGCUUGUAACAUGGAAAAACAACUAUAUUGCGUUGUAAGCUUGCUUAACUUGAGAGAUGUUCUUAGCGUUGGUUUAUCAUUCUAACAUAAUUUCACGUUUGGUUAUCUUUGAUACGAGCUUGAUGGCGGUGUGGCAGUCACUGCAAACUCGGUGUUUUUUGGUGACCCUUAUGGUCUCGCCUGGUUCAGUCGUGAGAAUGCUAAAUGCAAUGGCUA